GUUUGCUCAAUCACUCGGGAGUUUUUCAGCCGCAUGGGACUUGCGCUCGUUGGCCUUCAUCAGACUGCAUGCAGAUUGGGAAAGUGUUCUCCAAAGUGAUUUUUGUGCUGUAAUUCUAUUACAUCCCCAAUUAAUAAUCAACUAUUUUGUGAAUACUGAAGACUUGCGGCUGGUUCGAAAGUCUCUUCCAUCGUACAGCGAGGAAACAAAAGUUUCAAGAGGGACUUCAGCAGAGGCAGAAAGAAAGAAAAAGACCGUCGUAGCAUCAACAUGGCGCAGGAGACAGAGGCAGCAGCGGGAGUCAAGGGUCAGCCCCGAGACCAUAUCGACGAGGAUGAAGUCAGCGAACUGCAGCGGCCACGCAGCUUUUACGACGGAGUGCGAGAGCAGGCCGAACGCUUUGCCAGCACGCGCCUGGGCCAGUUCAUGAUCGAAAGAGGAGAUCGAGCGCUUCGGAUGAUCGAGGACACGGCCAAGUGGAGUCUGCCGCAGGAAAAGUCUGCUGAUCCCUUGCAACGUCCGCUUCCCUGGGGACCGUUCCUUUUGCUGAUCAUUAUGCUGCGUCUCACUCGCAUGUGGUUGUCAGUGGGCGCAUUGAUGAUAGGCAACAGCCCCAUCUCCCCCUCGGACAUGGUGUACUUCAUUCAGACCAGACGCCGGAAGUUGCGGGCCAUUCGGGUGCACGGCCUUAAGGUGAUGCGACAGCGCCAGCAGGAAGUGUCCUACGGCAGUGGCAAGGGCUUGACCCAAAAGCUCACCCAGUGGUUUUCCCGGGCAAUGUGCCGACCUGGAGUGCAGAGGGCCAACAGCGGACGACUCUUCCAGGUGCGAAACAUGGAGCAGACAACACAAACCAGUCCGGCUGUGAUGAAGCGCCCGCGUGAGGAAGAGGCGAACACUGAUGCUGAUGCCGAUCACAACCUUACCAUCGAUCAGAUGCUGGCCAAAUAUGCCCAGGAGAACUCGGAAGAUGACUCCGACUUCGUGCCCAAUCCUGAUGAGGAGGAGGAAAGCAGCGACGGCACCAGCUCCGAGUCAAACACCAGCGAGGAGAUCAGCAGCGAUGAGGCAAACGAAAAUGCCGUUCAGGCCACUAAAAAGCCUCCAACUCUGGUGGUGGAAAACGGUGUACACAAGGCGGAGCCCAACGAGAGAAAAGACAAGGAGAUGGAGAUGGCAAAGGAAAAUGACAAGGGAAAGCUGAGCGCCACGACAACGAGCAACGGCGGCCAGAACAAGGAGCAGGCGGAAGUUGCAGGUGGGGCCAGGCUGGAGGAGGACAAGUGGAAGUCCUCGCCGGGACACAUGAGUGCUGCCAUGACGAAAAUGCAAUUCUACAACAACACGGCAGCUGCAGCCAGCACUGAAGCUGCAGCCCCAUCCGAAACCGAACACGAACCAGAACCCGAACCCGAACCCGAAUCCGAUCCCACACCUCAUCCUAAAUCCCAGUCCCACGACGAGUCAGAAGAUGACGGCAGCAGCACGAGCAGCGGAAAAACCGGAUGCACAGUCUAUAAAAGAGAAAUUGCAUCCGCAGAGACGACCCAGCCAGAUUCCCAAACCGAACAGACCAGCGAAGUGGCUGACACACUAACUACCCAAGUAUCCAACUAUCCCACAAUCGACACACUAACUCCAGCUACCUCUUCCGAAGAUAUAUUCUAUAGUCCAAUCGGUUCACCCACCUUAUUCAAUACCAGCCUAGGAACUCAAGCUCUGCUGAAGAGUGCCAGCAUUCAAUCUGUCUUGGCACACUCCACUCCCACCUUGGAACUGGAAGAUGUACCCUCUGAACCAGCUUCCCAUCAGCCUGAAUCCGAGAUGCCUCCUUCUCAGCAGAAGCAGCCACAUCAGCAGCCACAGCAACAGCAGCGACAGAAUAACUAUUCCCACCAACGCUAUCGCGGACGUAACCGACGCUAGGCGAUGAUACAUCCUAUCCUACCUAUAUACAUUUCCUACUUUUUUACAUUCCCAUAUUGUUAGUGAAUACUGCGAGUAAAUCUCUGAACUCAA